GCCGUAACCUCAAGCCACCCUAAUAUUGCCUACACCCCCGCCUUUUUUUUCACCUAACCCCUACCCUUUGGUCCCCUACCAAAUCCCUAGCCUAGCUCCUCCGCUUGUCUAAAGGCCCCUCGCCGUCCCGCUUCGUCACUCCUCCCUCCCGGUCCAAAAUUCUGUUCCAUCGCCAUGACUCCCGCUCCGCCUCCCUUCCCCACUUUUGGCCCUGACAUCCCCCACGCUCUCAACAAGCACAUCUAUCAGUCUCUCGUUGCUCCGCCCACCGAGCACGUCACCCUCUGUGGAUUUGAAGGCCCCGAGAAGCUCAUCGAAGUCUCGUUCAAAUACCCGGCCGCUCUCUCUGUGCGUGGAGAUGCGCUGAGUGCCCUCGAUGCCUUGAGCCUCGACGACGCCCAGAGGGAUCUUUUUGUCGAUGAUGUGGACGAGCCUCUCUCGCCCUCGGCCGACUCGAUCGAGGACGAGUCGACUGCCUCGAGCUGCGCGACCCCGGAGCACGACCAGUGGCACAGCCGCCGCACGGGCCUCCGAACCGUCCCCCGGGCCGUGUGGGACGACAUGCUCGAGAUUGUCAAGGCGCGUGUCCUCAGCACCCUCCACAACGAGCAUCUGGAUGCCUACCUGCUGAGCGAGUCGUCUCUGUUUGUCUACCCCGACCGGGUCAUCAUCAAGACCUGUGGCACCACCACCCUCCUCAACGCCCUGCCUCGCAUUCUCGAGAUUGCCAAGGAGUACUGCGGCAUGAGCGAGAUCGAUACGCUCUUCUACUCCCGCAAGGCCUUCUUGUUCCCCGAGAAGCAGCUGUGGCCCCACGGCCGCUGGGGCGACGAGGUUGCCUAUCUGGACGACAUGUUCCCCGCAGCCGAGUACGAGACCGGCGGCUAUGUCGUUGGCAAGAUCAACGGAGACCACUGGUGUCUCUACAUGGCCACCAUGCUUCCGCGCGAGGCGGCCUGCGCUGCCGCUGAGGAGGAGGCCUCCGAGACCUCGUCGAUCGAGGAGCGCCACACUCCCGAGAGCUGCUCCUCUUCCGACUCUGAGAACGACGACGCCCCCGAGGAGGACGAGGUCACUCUCGAGAUCAUGAUGACGGGCCUCGACCCCGCAAAGAUGAAGCAUUUCUGGCGCACCCCCGAGGAGCAGCAGCGUGCCCAGGAAAUCGAGCGCGGCGAGUGCGCCAACGACUAUGCCUCCGAGUACCGCGUCUACAAGGACACGGGCAUCCAGUCCAUCUACCCAGAUGCCAAGGUCGACCACUUCUUGUUCGAUCCUUGCGGCUACUCGAUCAACGGCAUCCUCGGCAAGCACUACUUUACCUACCACGUCACCCCCGAGGAGAUUUGCUCGUACGCCUCCUUCGAGACCACCAUUCCCGUCCGCGGCUUCUUCCCGCACAGCCACCAGGGCGACGGGUACGACUACGACUCGUUCGAGGAGCUGAUCCACAAGGUCAUCCAGUCCUUCGGCCCCAGUCAGUUCUCGGUGACGCUCUUCACCCACCGCUCUGCAGGCCGCCGCCACGGCGUCAAAGGCACCGGCCUGCUCAACGGCUCGAUCGAGGGCUUCAAGCGCAAGGAUCGCAUCGGCCACUCCCUCGGCAAGUGGGAUCUGAUCUUUUGCCACUACGAGAAGGCUGGCGGUAGCCGCGCCGCUGCCCCUAAGGGCGUUCGCCAGCUCCGCUGAAUGGAGCGCUGUCUUAUUUCUGCCAUCAACGAGCAACUUCUCUCCGUCUUCGCUUUUGCAAGCCCUUUCUUUUCUCGUUAGAUGCCAUAGCGCUUAGUCGAUUGAAUAUAUAUAACCCACAAUUUUGUCAAACCCGCGAAUGUGCUGCGCUGUGUGAGCUGUUGCUGUAUUGAGAAUUUCGAACGUGA